AUGUCGACUUCCCGUAAGAUCCGCGGCGAGAAUCGGUUUUACAACCCACCUCCGAUGAGAAAACUCCAACAGGAACGAGAAAAGAAGAGACUUGCAGAAUUAAAGGCUGAAGAAGAGAAGAAGAAGGCUAAAGAGAUGCUCGAUCGAAAGAUUAUUGCGUCUGAGAAGAAGAUGAAACGACCUGUCUCCGAUUCUGAAUCGCCUGAGGAAUGUUCCACCUCCGAUUGCUCUGCGCCGACCACCACCACCACCGAUACUUCGUCUAAUCUAGGCCGGUUUCUCGAGUGCACCACUCCUGUUGUUCAUACCCAACACUUGCCUAUGACAAGCAUUAAGGGGUGGAGAACUCGUGAACCAGAGUAUUGUCCCUACUUCUUGCUGAAUGAUUUGUGGGAUUCGUUCGAGGAGUGGAGCGCUUACGGUGUUGGGGUUCCUCUUCUCUUAAAUGGGAGCGAUUCGGUUGUUCAGUAUUAUGUUCCUUAUCUCUCUGGAAUUCAGCUUUAUGAAGACCCAUCAAGAGCCUGCACAAGUAGGAGGAGAGCUGGCGAAGAAAGCGAUGGUGAUUCGCCUAGAGACAUGAGUAGCGAUGGCAGCAGCGAAUGUAGAGACCUUUCUCAGAACUUAUACAGAGUCUCUUUGGAAGAGAAACCGUUCAUUGGUUCAUCGAGCGAUGAAAGUGAAGUUAGCAGUAACUCUCCUGGUGACCUUGUCUUUGAGUAUCUUGAGGCUGCUAUGCCGUUUGGCCGUGAACCAUUGACCGACAAGAUCUCAAACCUGUCAUUGCAAUUUCCAGCACUGAGAACAUACAGGAGCUGUGAUCUAUCACCUUCGAGUUGGGUCUCUGUUGCUUGGUACCCAAUAUACCGAAUACCAUUAGGUCAAUCAUUACAAAACCUCGACGCUUGCUUUUUAACAUUCCACUCCUUAUCAACACCCUCUCGAGGCAGUGAGGAAGGUCAAAGCUCAAGCAAAUCGGUUGCACCAUCGAAGCUUCAACUGCCCACUUUCGGUCUUGCAUCUUACAAGUUUAAACUGUCAAUGUGGUGCCCCGAGACUGACGUGGACGAGAACCAGAGAGUCGGGACGCUGCUACGAGCAGCUGAAGAGUGGCUCAGGCAGUUGAAGGUGAUUCUACCGGACUUUAGACACUUUGUAUCACAUAACGGUUUGGCUGGGAGAUGA